AUUGAAACGUCUCAUUAAAGAAAAUGAGACAUUUGUAUUGAGAGGGAGGGAAUAGUUACUAAAAAUAAGUAGGAUAUGAAUUGAUAGAUGGAUCAAAAUGGAAAAUUAAAACACGGAUUGAAAGAUAGUUUGAGGUGGAAGAAGUGGUCCGUGGAGUAUUAAUUAACAAACGUAGCCCAAAUAAAUAGUAGUAAUAAAAUUGUAAAUUAGAGGCGCAUUUGAUAUGUGAAGUGAGAUGGCGGAGGCUGCAGUGAGUUUCUUGCUGGAGCAAGUGAAGGAGGUGGUGACAGAGUACAAAGAUCUCAUCUCCGGAGCAGAAAAUGAGUUCAACCAGCUUAACAAGGAGCUUGGUUUACUCAAGGCUUUCCUCAAGGACGCGGCCAAGGCGACGAAGCAGGAGCAUCUGUUCAGAGAAAUGGAGAAGCAGGUAAGAGAGGUCGUCUACGAGGUCGAAGACACCAUUGAUACUUGCUUGACCAAGGCUAUCGAGGUCAGGGCCAAAGAGGCAAAGACCAAGAAGUCUCCAUUUUCCUUAUCGAGGCAGCGGGGUUCCGGAUCAACAAAAAGUGUCAGCCUCUUGAGAGAGGUCAAGUCCAUUAGAGAAGGAAAAGUGUUGCCGAUGUUCAACGAAGCCAAGAUGCAGUUUUCUAAUAUGCGGAUCGGCGAUGGAUCCGGAGCCGUCGAUGAUCAACGGACUAAAUUGAAAAGGGAUAAACCAAUCAGGCAAAAUAGAGUGGUAGGUUUCGAAGAUGAGGAAAAGACCAUAAAGGGCUAUCUCAUGCCAGAAACAGAAACAGCGCGGCUCGAUGUCAUCCCCAUCAUCGGUAUACCUGGACAGGGAAAGACAACACUGGCGUGGAAGAUUUAUCAGGACGAGAGCAUCUGCUACAAUUUCCCUAUUCGCAUUUGGGUUUACAUCUCACAAAAGUUCAACAGCAGGGAUGUAUUCCUCCAAAUCCUCAGAAAAUUCACCACCAGCCAAAAUACGUCUAAUCUCAAUGACGACGAGCUGGCUCAGACAGUCAAGGUGUGUUUGGAGAAAGAAAAAUUCUUGCUAGUCCUGGAUGAUGUAUGGAGUGUGGAUGCGUGGUUAGGAAUUAAAGAAGUGUUGCCGCUGGACAAUGGGAAAGGCAAGGUGCUCAUAACCAGUCGAGAGGAUGCCGUCGGAGAAGCCACUAGUGUUUACAGAAGAGCCCACAAGCUGCGGUUCCUGACAAAGCCGGAAAGCUGGAUGCUGCUACAGUAUGAGGUAUUCGGUAGCCUGGACGAAUGCCCCGACGAAUUGAGCGCCAUAGGUGAACAUAUAGCCAUCAAGUGUGAUGGAGUGCCGUUAACAAUAGUUGUGAUAGGAGGUAUUCUGGUGGACCAACUAGCCAGGGGCGUGGCGAUGGAGGGAUGGGAGGAAGUAUCUAAAAAUGUGAGUGAUGCCUUGCAGAAAGACGAGGCGCAGCGCAUAACAAGUGUCGUGGCAUUGAGUUACGACAGACUCCCCGAUGACCUGAGAGAUUGUUUUGUCUAUCUGGGGGUGUUUCCUGAAGAUUAUGAGAUUCCGGUUAGGGUGGUGUGUGGUUUGUGGAUUGCGGAAGGAUUUAUACAACCCAAGGAUGGGAGGAACUUGGAGGAAACCGCACAAGAUAAUUUGAAUGAUCUUAUUAGGAGGAAUUUGGUGAAGGUGGACAAAACAAAUCCCAUGGGCAAAGUUAAAACAUUUCGUGUUCAUGACAUGAUACGUGCCUUCUGCAUAACCAUAUCUAAGAAGGAGAGUUUAUUUCAUGAGAUAAAAAAAUUCAGGACUGGAGUUUCUCAGCUUGAUGAAGUAGAGAAAGCUCAUCGUCUUUGUUUCCAUUCCGAUCUCUCUAAUUUCCUCUCAGAAGGCCCAAAAGGUCCGCAUGUGCGUUCGCUUCUGUGUUUCUAUGAGCAGCCGGUUGAGCUGAAUCCAGAACACAUAACAGUUAUACCGGAUGGCUUCCCUAAGCUCAGGAUUCUGGAGUCCAAGUCCGUCAAAUUUCACCAAUUUCCUGCAAAGGUUACCAAACUAAUUCAUCUGAGGUACCUCACACUCUCCAUUGAUAACCUCACAAUUCUUCCGGAACAAAUCUACCAGCUAUGGAACCUACAAACUCUUAUAGUGGAGACCAAGAAGCGUUCCAUUACAAUGAAAGCAAAUGUGUGGCGGAUGGUUCGGCUGAGGCACUUCAAGACUAAAGCGGCUAUAGUCCUCGACAACAACUGGGAGGGCGAGGCAGGGCAGAACCUCCAAACACUAGAGAGGCUGUCGCCCGAAUCUUGCACAGAAGCCGCCUCCAGAAGGGCUAAGAACCUCAAGACGCUGGGGAUUUCCGGGAAAUUAGUCAAUAUUUUCAGAGCUAAGUUCCUGGAAAAACUGUAUCAUCUUGAAAAGUUGAAGCUGGUGAAUAGUAUACCUUAUGAGCCAACAUCAGAGGAUAUGUUGCAUUGUCUCCCUCUACCAAACUGUUUCCCGCCAAAUCUGAAGAGGCUGACAUUAUCGAAUACAUUCCUUGGGUGGCAUCACAUGUCCAUGUUGGCAAUGAUCAACAGCCUCGAGGUCCUCAAGCUGAAAGACAAUGCAUUUGUCGGUGUGGCCUGGAAAGUUGCUGGCUAUACCUUUCCUAGUCUCCAACUCUUGCUCAUUGUCAACGCGGAUUUACUUAUCUGGGAGGCCUCCCCUGAUGCUUUCCCUUGUCUCAAGUAUCUUGUGGUCAAGAAUUGUGAGAACCUCAACAAAAUUCCAGAGAGCCUGGGGAAACGCCUCCAGAAACUGGAAGUAGAGCGUCUUCGCGAUUCGGCAAUUGAGUCAGCGAGGGAGAUUGGAAACUCAAAGAAGGGAGGCCAAAAAGGGAAAUUUGCGGUCGAUUUCGAUCUCAAAGUAGGUCCUGUAUCUGAGACCAGUAAAGCCACAUCUAAUUAGCGGCUACGCGGCAGCGGCGUCGAGCUUGGAGAAAUCGUCGGAGCUCUCGCGGCUUGGGCAGAAUUCGUCAGAGUAGAGGAUGAGGCGGCGGCGGUGGAAGAGAUCUGGUCCUCUGAAAUCGGCGGUGUGGAGGAGGGACUGGUCAGGUGGCGGAGAAUGAGGCGGCGGCGGCGGCGGAUCUGAUCUGAUGAGGCGGCGGUGGAUCUGAUCUGAUGAGGCGGCGACGGUGGAUCUGAUCUGAUCGUUGCGCCGCCUCCUCCAUCGGCAGAUCUGAUCUCCGCCUCCUUUGAUUUCAGCCAUCGACAGAUCUGAUCUGAUAUGUAAUUGUGCUGCACGUAUGACACUUAUGGCACUAUUAGUGCCAUAAGUGCCAUAAGUGCACACUUCCCCUAGGGUUUAGAUAUUCCAUUUAGGGUUUAGAUUAUCCAUUUGGGGUUUAGAUUAUCCAUUUAGGGUUUAAAUGAUGUUGUUUCUGUAUUUGUGCUGCACGUAUGACACUUAUGACACUAUUAGUGUCAUAAGUGUCCAAAUGACAAAUUUACUUAGUUUUAUUUUGAAUUUCCGUUGGCACUUAUGGCACUAAAAAGUGCCAUAAGUGCCAAGAGUAAAAUCUUGACACUUAUGGCACUAAUAGUGCCAUAAGUGCCUAACCCGACCCAGCACGCGACCCGCGUGCCUGAUCCUACCCGGUCUGCCUCAUUAAGGGUAAAAACGUCAAAAUCAAUAAAAAUGGCUAAAUUUUGUGUUUUUUCAA